AGUUUCCGCUCUCAGUUAUGCGUGAGACGUCGUGGGGCGCGGACGUCUUGCCAACCGCUCCGAUCAGUGACAAAAAUUAAUCGCCGUGCGUUCGGGCAGUGUUCAGUGGUGGCAUAACGAUUUUACCGUGACAAAUAAAGUUUUAUGAACACAUGUGUUUAUAGUACAGUGCAAGGAUAAAUGCGACACCAAAACACGCAGUUUCUGUAAAGGUGGCGGCAGUCGCAUCAAUGGCCUGAAACGAUGUUCAGAACGGCGUCAGUCGAGGGCUCGGGGCCGAGGACGCCGCCCGCCUACGCGCCUCACCCGCCCUACGUGCCCCCUCGCUUCUUCCCGCCCAGGAUCCGAGCGCCGCCCCCACAAUACUGCUUCGACGCAGCACGCUUCGCCUCCGACGCUUCUAAACCACGCUACCUCGAUGUGGAGCGCGAAAGGCUGGUCACAAGAUGGCUGGCCGAAGCGAACGAAGCACUCGUCAGGCGUGACAGGCCUCCGAGGUACAAGCCUCGGUCUAGCGAACGAAGACCAGACUUUCUAGAUAGGAGACCCAGUGCGCCGGAAUGGGCUGACAACUUUCUUCUAGGCAGAAGAAACGGGUCCGUAGAACCUGAGGAUGAAACUAGUGAACCUAUGACGUUAAAAGAGUUUGUGGACAAGUUUUCUCUUCCGAGAGUGGUGAAGUUUGAGGGGGAGGAUAGGCCAGUGCUGUUGUAUAGAGUGCUGGAAGCCCACAGGAGGGUGGAAGCGGUCCCUCUGUCGGGGAAGAAGGGGAAACUGGUGGGGAAGCCGCUGUACAUCCCUGAUAGUUAUGAUGGUAAGUCCUAG